AUAUCCCAAAAGCAACCUCAACCUCAACCUGAACCUCAAUCAAAUCAUCAUCUCAUAUUUCAAAAUCAACUUCUAAAAGCUGGCAUCCAAGCACUCGCCCAAAAAACACACACAGACAGACUGGAGAAGAUCCAAGAAUUUCUUACAACAAACUUCAAGAUUGGUUUCACAAAACCUUCCGGUCUAUCUCCUCACCACCCAAAAAGCUAAGUAGCUGUGGGCGAUCGGAAUCGAACCGAUAUUUUCACGGGGUUGUAACCGCUUGAGGCAGGUGAUACCACAACGAGAUUUCCUAACCAUUAGAAGACGCCCACCUUGUUUGAACGAACGCGUUGUGAGAUUUUGAAUAAUUGAUUUCAGACGCGCCAGCCAAGAUACAUGGGUUAACCGUUACAAUACAGGUGUAAAAACAAGUUAUAGUUUUAAAUUCGAUUGCCAAACUUUAUAUCAAAAACAAGAAACAAGAAAAGAAUGACACCCAAACUUUCAUCGAUCAAGUUCAACUUCCUUCAACAAAAACAAACCAUCUUCCGACGAUACCUUCAUAACAAGCAACCCAAACCACCCACAGUAUUACCACAUCUUAGAACCUCAAUAGGUAGACAAUACGAAGAACAUGUGAUCAAGUUCAUGACUCAACAUUUUCAAGGAAUCCAAGAAAUCUAUCAUACUGGAUUAAAAUCAUCAAAUGAUGAAGGUAUCGAUAUUAAAUCAAAUUGGUCUUUACCAUCUAUUACUAAACCGAAAAGAACUUUAAGAAUUAUAGCUCAGUGUAAAGAUUCAUUAGGAGAAUUAAGGUUUAUAAGAGAAUUAGAAUCGAAUUUGAUCUUACCUAAUAAAAGUAAAAAAGAUUUGAAUGAUCGAUUGAUCGGAAUCCUUUUUACUUCUCGUGGGUUUACUUUACCUGCUUUAAGAAGAUCUCAAGCUUCUAGUUUACCGAUCUUACUUAUCCAUCUUUUAUCUCCUAGACUUCAUCCUACUACUACUACUGUUAAUGAAGAUGUAGAUCAAUUUGUUUGGUUAGGUGCUUAUCCUAAUCAAGUUGCUAGUCAAUUACUCAAACCUUUGAAAUUCGUUUAUGGUUAUUCUUUUGAUCAAUCGAAUACGAAUGAUCAAAGUUUCGAAAAGAAACCUGUGCUUUGGAAUUCAAUUCAAGAAAGUCCUUGUAAAGUUUAA